AUGAAGGAAGCUAUGUCAGCUGCUGGCGUUGAUUCGGCGCACUAUCUUGGAGUUCUGGGGUGCUGCCCAGUGACCAUGUACCGGAAAGAACGCCAAGGAGUAGAAAAAAUGAUCAUGGCCAAUAUGGCAAGGCAUGGCGAGGAAUUCUGGGUACACAUGGCCAAGCACUUGAAAGGCACUGAAGCAAGUGUGAUCAUGAUCCCCUCCAAUUUCGCCCUCAGUCUUCAAGUUGUGAACAGCAUACCUAUUCAGCUCCUGCCAAAAACAAAGAUGCUCUUUGUGGUCAAACUUCCGUUUGAUGAGCCGCUUGGAAAGAGUGACCGUGAUUUCAGCAACGUGAGCACUUCCAGAGUCAAUCUUGAUGGAGAGAUUUUGGGGGAGCCUACAGUGGCCAUCUUUGCUACAGGGAAGCUGGGGAUCCUCAAAGGCUGCUUCGGUGUGCCCUGCAGGAGACACUUGGAAGAGGUCCAAGAGCGUGUCACUGUCAAGCGGCAACGUUCCGAUCGAAGCUUGGAGGAUGUCAAGGAGACUCACAUAUCCCUUGAUCUCAAGGCAAAGAAACUCACCCAAGACUUGGAAGCAUACACUGCAGUUCUUGGCAAGCUGACCUCAGCAGAUCGCCAAGAAAAAGAUCCAAGCGCAUCGUGGAGCUGCCACUUCAACGACUUGCUGCAGCAAGACCUGACAGAUGCGCCUCUACUUUUCAGUGACAGCCAGUUGCCAUACCUGGACAUGAUUGUGGAGCUAUCCAAGCACAUCAGCUGCUUGACCAAGGAAAAGAACAAGGUGGAGCAUAGUGCAGCGCGUGCGUUGAAAGUUUUCAAUGCAAAGUGCCAGUCACAUCAAAAGACAGUGAAUCGUCUGAAGCGAAAGGUGGAGAAAGUCUUCCAUGGAAAUACGGAGGAGACCCUGGAGAAGAACAAGAGACUUCAUACUGUUGAGAAAAGGAGGCGGCAACAAUAUCAUGCAUUCCGAGGGCACGCGUUGAAGAAGCACGGGAACCAAAGAAAGAACCGAAAGAGGCAAUACAAGACCAUAGACAACGGUGUUUUCACGGAGCAGCUGAGAGUACCUCGCAGAGUUGUUUCCAUUGAGCAGAAGCUCAAGGUAUUGGAUCGAUAUGAGGAAAUGCUUGCUACCAAAAAGAGUGCUGCUGAAGAUGCCCUAGAGCCUCGACCACGUGGAGCAGGACGUGAAGCGGUUCUAGCGUGGAGCAAGAAAAGGAAGCAAGCAAAGAGAAGAAUGCGAUUCGAUUCCUUGAAGAAGCUGCGGGAGGAAUUUCCAGAUAUUGUUGGGAAGGCGCAGCCUUCGAAAUGGAAAAAGGCAGCAGAAAGUGAAGCGUGGAGAGAGCUACCAGAGUUUUUUCGGGCCCGCAGUUCUGCCACGACCAACAGCUGGCGACGCAAAUUAGGUUUGCCUUUGAAAGGCAGGCCUGAAGGAGGCUGUGUCCCGCUGCAAAUUCAGCGGGAACUGGAUACCUUGAUGAUGGAAUUCAGCAGUGGGCUUUCCAGUGUCUCUGAGAGAAAGGAGCUCGUAACAGUUGAACACAUUGCAGAAACAGCUGCGUCUCUCAUCUCCGACUGGAACUCUUCACUACCAGAUCGCGCGGCCAUGGUGCAAUCCUUCAAUGAGGACUUGGAAACCAAAUACAAGAACGGAGAGAUGCAUGCAGAAGCGGUUGUGGAGGCAUAUCACCCUUUGCCUAGAGAGAUAGCUGUCCCCUCCAUGGCUUGGAUUCGGCAAUGGAAGGCCAGUUGGGGCUGGUCCAUGCUCACGAGAGGGUCAGAUGACGCCUCCUACCUGCCCUACAACCAUGUGGACAUGCAAAUGUCGCGGCAAAGAACACUAGAUCUUAUCCACAAGAAAGGGGUGCACAAGUUCUUGCUGCUGAACUUUGACCAAGUCUGGCGGAACAAUUGGAACAUGGCCAAGUUCAAGCUGGCUUUCAAAGACCGUGUCAACAUCGGCCGCAAAGGCUAUGAAACCUUGGAUUUGAAGGCUUCAGGGCAGGUUGCAGCUUCCGUGAAGCCCGUCAUAGAUAUCAUUAAAAUAUCCUAUGACGCCUGGCGCGAGCUGGAUCGGAGGGUGUUCAUUGCUGCUUGGAUGAUCACAGGGUACUUCUCGGCCGACCACUUUCCGCAGGAUACUAGUGCAGAGCAGGUGGAGCACAUGGAGCACGCCAAGACGAUCAUAGAUCCGUGUGUGUACCAUCCUUUGCCUUAUGAGCUGGCCCAUGCAGUGGUUCGAACAGUGGCAUUGCAUGGCAAGGCGUUCCUGGAUGCGCAGCAAGAGUACGAGAGCUGCAAAGAGGCAGACCCAAAAGAGAAACUGGCCAAAACGAAAAAGGCCAAGGAGCAGCUCAUGGGUUUGCACUCUGCUGACCGGUUCUCAGUGCUCAAUCGCCGCACUGGGUGGGUGGCCACCAGCGAGUGGAUGACAAAGCAUAUGGUCAUUGUUGAUGGAAAGCCUCAGCCAAAGGUGAAUUCGAACACGCCUCAGUCUAAGGCGUGGAUCCUUGCGGUUCGCAUCACCAUCGUGGGCGGGAACGUGGAGCUGAAGCUGCAGCCCUCUGAAGGGAAAUCAUUCAGACGGGUGCGAUGCCUUUCCCUUGAGAAUGGUCUGGAGAAGGCCAAGCUGCACUCUCUUGCUGAAGGGUAUGCUCAUGUGCUAGACGCCGCUCCCAUUGGCGAUGCCUAUGAUGCGGGCGAGGAUGUCGAAUGCGUGGAUGAUGCGGGCUCCAUAGACAUGGAGGGUGAGGAGGCUUCGGAAGAUGAAAGUGUUCUGGGUGAUGAGGCUGGGUUAGAAGGACAAGUGAAGACGCACAUGGAGAAUCUUCAGAUGGAUCCUGCCCCAACUACGAAGGCUGGAGAAGAUACUCAAAGCAAGGUGUGGGCACCUUCGUCCUCAAACAUGAUGCAGCCAAGUGUGAUAGCUGAAGCUCCGAUAGAUCCGCUUGUUGAGGGACCUGCUGAUGGUGAAUUUAUUGAUGAAUCAAACAUGAUUCAAAUGCAUGGCCACAAGCAGCCAGGUGGGAGUAGCCAUUCGCAUACACCACCAGGGUUCUUUGAACGCGAAGCGUACGCUGACCUGGAGAAGGUAGGCCUCACAGCAUUGCCAAUGGCCGACGGGUAUGUACUUUCAUACCACAAGGUCACUCGGCAAUGGCAUGCACGGGAUCCCUCAGGGAGUAACUAUGCCCCUACAUGGGGCUUGAUUAGGAGUGAAUUAAAGGCUCUUCUGUUGGCGCUUGAUCAGCUGUGGGAUUGGUAUGUUGAAACCAAUCCAGAUGACAAGGUCGAUGCUGAAGAGCACUUGCAGAACAUCCGCAGUUAUAGCAACAGCAUUCCCUUUUGA